UACAAAACAAGCAGAGCUGCUCAAGAGGAGGUCCAGGAUUCAGCUAGAAGCACAGAAGAAAGAAGCCGAACUUGCCAACUCUUCAAGAAGGACACAAAGACUUCUGCUGGUCCCAAGAAACAGGGUCAAGGUAAGUUGAGGAGGGGAACUUCUUGCACAUAAUACCUGAAUCCCAGAAAAGAGAGCUCAGCGCCUUAUAUUAGUCUGAAAGUGAGCCUUCCCUCAGUUUCUUGGAAGCACAUUUAAACUCUUGGAGAACUUAAGUUCCCAUAGCAGUUAAUGAAAAAGAUUGAAACUGACUAAAAGCUGUAGUGUAGAGAUGCUGGGAAGCUCAGCCUAGUGGUUUCCCUUCCUCAGCCUUGGCCUUCCUCUGGUUCAGCCUAUGCCAACUUCAUGCCCUCUAGAUGUUUCAGAGGACAACUCUCAUCCUCUUCAUGGGGCUGAGGAGAGCUGUAGCCCAAAGUAGCUGAAGGCCACCAGGCUGGCAAAGACUGCUCUGGGUUCAACACUCUGCUUCUGGUCCUGCCUCAACCCAGAGCAGUCUUUGCCAGCCUGGUGGCCUUCUAACUGCCCAUUCCCCUCUCCUUGCAGAGACCACCUGUACCUUGGCUAGGCUACCUGCGGCUAGUGGCAGUUGGCAUCCAACGAAAACAUCACAGGUUCCCCAUCCUGCUCCAAUCCCUUCUCAGUCUGGUUCUCCAGGUCUUGUAUUACUCCAACUGAAACUCUACUGGUUACUUCAGAGACAUUACAAGCUCUUGCUUCUAAUGUCUUCUCUUUCAUGGCAGCCUUCAGGGGCACACCCCACCCCACUAUUUUAUUUCAUAUUUUACUCUUUGGGGGAAGAGCCAUAGCUAGAUGACCCGCAGGGUCCCUUCCAACUCUACAAUCCUAUGGUUCUAGGAUUCAGUGAUAGAGCACGCAAUGCUUUGACCAGAUGGUCUGGGGUUCGAUUCCCAGCUGGGAGAGGCCUAUAUUCUGGAAUCCUGGAGUCUGUGUAGACAAUGCUGAGCUAGAUGGAGCAAUCGUACCUGAGCUUGUGUAAGACACCUUCCAGUGCUCCUGUGUCCCCCAUGCUGUUCAGGGGGAGCCAGACCCCAUGGCUCCAGCAAGCCAUCUCUCUCUCAUGUGCAUAAUAAUAAUUUUAUUAUUUCUACCCCGCCCAUCUGGCUGGGUUUCCCCAGCCACUCUGGGUGGCUCCCAACGGAAUAUUAAAAACACAAUAAAACAUCAAACAUUAAAAGCUUCCGUAAACUGCCUUCAGAUGUCUUCUAAAAGUCAGGUAGUUGUUUAUUUCCUUGACAUCUGGUGGGAGGGUGUUCCACAGUGUGGGCGCCACCACCAAGAAGGCCCUCUGCCUGGUUCCCUGUAACCUCACUUCUCGCAAUGAGGUAACCACCAGACGGCCCUUGGACGCUCCUUCAGGUCUACUGGGCCAAGGCCAUUUAGGGCUUUAAAGGUUAGCACCAACGCUUAAUUGUGCCCAGAAACGUCCUGGGAGCCAAUGUAGGUCUUUUAGGACUGGUGUUAUAUGGUCUCGGUGGCCGCUCCCAGUCACCAGUCUGGCUGCUGUGUUCUGGAUAAGAUAUAUGCCGUCUCUCCCAACUGCAGGAUGGUCAACUUCUGGACCCUGCUGCUGGCCCUGACAUUCCUGGUAGAGACGGGACAGUCCCAGAGCUACAAAUCAAUAUCUACAGGUAAGAACUGGGGAAGCAGGGAUGUCUCUGGGCCAAAUCAAAGCCUAGAUGGUGCCUCCCCAAGAUGUGGAGUUCCUUUCCUCACCCUCUUGCACAGGCUAUAUGUUGACAUUUUGACACAUGGUUAUGAUAAGGCGAUUACCCGGGAGUCACCUCCACCCAUUACGUAGGUUUGCCAAUUUCCUAACAAUCCAUUGCAAAACACAAAAGCUGGAUUGCUUUGUGGAUGCCUCGAGAGCUGCCUCCUCACACUGCCCCCACGGGGGGGGGGGGUACCCACUUGCUUGCUUACUCUGAGGCUGCCUCUGCUUCUGGCACCCAGAACCCCCUGGCCAGCCCCAGAGACACCAUUCGCCUGGGGAGCUUGAGGCCAGGGCUGCUGAAACAAAAAGCUGUGCAAGGCUUUGGGGGGCAGAGAUGCGAGAGGGUAUAAGAGGAGGGAGGGAAGGAAAGAGGGAGAGAAGCCAGUCUUGCCCAUGGCACCCCUGACCAUCCUUCAAGGCAGCCCAGGGUGCCAUAGCACCACUGGACCAAAUAAUCCUCCAGGUUCCUUCCAACUUUACAGUUCUAUGACUUUAAGUACCGUAUAUUUCGCUCCAUAAGACGCACCUGACCAUAAGAGGCACCUAGUUUUUAGAGGGGGAAUGCAAGGAAAAAAAUAUUCUUCAAAGGGAGCACUGCGCAGAGCCUGUCUGCAUCCCAGGCUCUGCUCAGCGCUCCCUUUCACGAGCCGCGUGGAGCGUGUGUGGGGCUCUUUAAAGGGAGCGCGGCUCUUGGGGGCUUUUGCAGGAGGUGGGGAAAGCUACGGAGCCGCACGCUUUCUCCCUUCCCCCACCUCCCGCAAGAGCCACACGCUAAGCCAGAAGCCAGGACAGCAAGCAGGAUCGCUGCGGAGCGAUCCCUCUUGCUGUUCUGGCUUAUGAGAUAGCCGCGUGCAGCCUUUCCUGGGCAGCGGGAUGAAGGUGUUGGAAAAACACCCCCGGGAAGGGUGCCACCUUCCCAAGACACCAAGGCGUCUCGCCGGUGGUCACUCUCUGGCUGGAAAUUGCCCUCAGUCCAGAGAGACCAGUAAUAAGCAACCCCUCCAUCCUGAGAGGAGCACACUUGGCUUCUGGUAUCCCAUCACAGAAGAAAGAGACAGUCAGUAGUCUACACACUACUUUAUUUACAGACUGUACACGCAGCUCUCAUCCGACAUGUCUGCUCUCCUGAGCAGCAAGUACAGAACUCUCCAGUUACUGAGAACAAGCAGAGACUUCCUGUCUCACGCUCAUAGACACCACAUGAUGUCAACAACCAUUGUGCUGCUCCUCGCAGCAGGUGAGAAAUAAAAAUCCCAACAUACUCCCCCAUUUUUAGGUAACACUAGCUGCGAAAACAAGUGCAGCAACAAGAGACACAAACAAACAGUUGUUAUACACAUAGUAAACCCCUGUUGCACCAGUUCCAUCUCUGGAACUACCUGCAGCUGGUUCCACCAGUUCAAACCUCUGGUUACCUGUUUUCCACGGGACUAGAGCUUUUGCUCUACCUUCGUUUGGAAAAACCGUGUUGCGUCUUGCAACCUUCAGGUGCGGCUUUGUCUCUGUCGUGGACAAACCUUGUACCCGCUGUGAGUUGCCAGCUACAGCUAUACAUGCAACAGCUGUGUUAGCAAACUCCUGAGAGUACCUCUUGGGUGGUAUGCCCUUUGUGACUCUCUCAGAUCUGCGAAUGAGGUGCAAAUCCUCCUUGCUGGCUAGUUCUUCCUUGGGACUUUUAGGAGAACCACAUCCCCCCAAAGCCGCACACACGCUCCACGCGGCUCUUUAAAGGGAGCACUGAGCAGAGCCUCCCGCCUGCAUUCACUCCAUAAGAUGCACACACAUUUCCCCUUACUUUUUAGCUUACCGUAUUUUUUGUCUUAUAGAGCGGAAAAUACGGUAAGCAAAUUAACCAUGUGCAUUCCUCUUCCCCUCUUUUCCCCCUCCUGUGACUCUAGUACUGAACCUGGCCAAAGGACGACGAGCUUAUCAGUCCUCCGUAUAUCCACAUGCGAACGUUGGAUCAGCAGACAAAGCUGUGGACGGCUUCUAUGCUGGGAACUUCCACCAGGGCUCCUGCACCCACACCAACGCUGAGAAGAACCCCUGGUGGCUGGUGGAUCUGGACUCAGAGUAUGCCAUCGCAGCUGUCUUGGUGAAAAACCGCGGCGACUGCUGUGGCGACAGGCUGCUGGGAGCCGAGGUCCGUGUGGGGAACACCAUCGUGGACCAUGGCAAAUCCAACGCUCUGUAA